AUGAAGGGAUCAAAGAGACAUUUAGGCAGAUUUCGUUGUUUCAGCUUUAGAAGAGGUAGAAACCUGUUCGAUUAUGUUGACAAUCCCCUUGAGGCAGGGCCUGAGGAUGAGGAACUGACCACCGAACCCAGCCCUAGACUCUCGUUUAUCGAACAAAAGGAGGAAAGUGAAGGUGAACAACCUACACAAGAGAAGGACACCUACUCUUAUGAUAUUUAUGAUCCGUAUGUUAUCAAUCUGAAGCCUACAAAGACUCUUCCGGGGAAAAGUAGCAGGAGAAGGGACCGAUUAAGAAUGAAAUUUAAAUCCGCAGAUGGAGCUACUACAGAUACAACAUCUUCGAAGCCUUCAGAGGAUCACACAACUCCAGAUGAUUAUCUGGGUUAUGGCAUGAUUGUUCUUAACGAUACAAAAAAUAAGAAACGGGAAUCGCAUAAUAAUGACUCCCAUGAGGGGAGGGCGUUUGAAACUAGAGCUUCUGUUGAUCCUGCUGAGAGUCAAAAUGAGACUAACCUUUCGGGGAGGUCCAGUGCUAGGUUGUUGAGUGGCAGUAAGCUACUAAUUGGAGGUGGGAAGGGUGUAGACAGCAGAUCCAGCCUGGAAAACAGGAUAUGGGAUAUGGUGGAAAAACGCGGAUGGGACAUGUAUGAAGGUAGGUGGAAUAUGAUUGGAAAACGUGUGUUUGAUAACCUGGUGCAGUAUUUGACUGGGUUGGAAAUUAGCCUAUGCAGGCAGGUCAGUAAAGUUUGGCAUAGAAACAUAAAUGAUGUCAUGGUAAUGAGGAGUGAAAUGGUUGUUGAUAAUUUUAAGAGUACGUACAGGAAUAAACUAGAAUAUGAUAGAAGUUAUAUUCUAUUUCAACCUGUGCUAACGGCUACAAAAUCCCUCCGCAUUGACGUUAUUAUACGUGCACGUGUCAUGUCAUAUUGCACGCUAUAUAAGAACAGUUUUGGUUAUACUUAUUCUUAUAUUUCCUUACCAGCGAAUAACGCCGGAACCAAAGCUGAAGGUGCAAACGGGUCACCCCCGAGAGGUUCCAGUGUACCGACCUUUAUAUCUAAAUUUAUCUUUGAGGUACUUAAAAAAGGGCAAAAGAGGACUAUUACGUUCACAAGAGAUCUAUCAUCGAUGCACGGAGAAGAUUUAAAUGUGGCAACCAGGGCAUCAAUUUGCCAAGUUUGUGAAGGCGACUUUAUAGAGAUCCCAAUCACUCUUAUUAACGCAAUUGGUACCACUGAUGUUAACAGCGUAAAGUUCUUGCCGAUAGUUAAGGAUUCUAUCAGCUCAAAGGCUACACAGAUUGACCAGUUACACAGAGAAUGGUAUACUGUUGAACCUAACUCCAAGUAUCUAAUGCAGCUCUUUCCGCAGAAUAUACACUCGUAUUCCAUCAUCCAGCCUCAUAAGCUAUUGCCACAGCUUAUCCACCAAAUUACUCAGGUGGCUGGAAUUGACGUUAUUACUUCAAAGUCGCAGUAUGUUGCUAAUCAUACAGGUGUUGUUGAGGAGUCAAAGGACAUUGUUGGCCAUACAAUUGAGGUCGUUUCAAAACGUGAACCAGUUAUAUCAAUGAUACAACGCAUUGGUCUCCAGCACGACCGCAUUUGUCAUGUGCAGUUGCGACCGGGUGACAUUUUACAAUUUUAUCUUACAAAGGGAUAA